AAAGCCAAACCCUGUUGUUUUUUUCCUAACCCUAACCUGUAUGCAAAUGUGAAAUUUCCUGUGAAAACAGAAGUGUACUUUGAAAGAACACAUUGUAACAGGCAGAACUUGACACGGCAUCCCAGAACGACAACAACCAACACACCCAGGGUACCUUGCAAGUCAUGCAUGGACGUGGAAAAGUAAGCAGCGAUGAAGAUGAGAGACAGCUGAUGUGCUCUGCGGAGGAUGAAGAUGAGGGCGAUGAAGCUGAGGGUGAACCACAGCCAGCUGCUGUUCCUGUCCAGAGAGGAAACAUCUGGAAACUUCCAGAGAGAGGGAGCGCUGAGAGUCGGACGACAGGAGAGAGAUCUCUGUGAGAGGUUCUGUCGGCUGAGAGGAAACCUGCUCUUCAUCCUGAAGAAACAGGGUGGUAAACUAGAGGAGGUUCUGCUGUUGGAGAGAUGUGAAGUGAUGAAGCUUCCAGGUGACGACAGACGACUGGCUGUCAUGUUUGACAGCGGUGACCCUCCGGUGUUCCUGGAGUCGAGCAGCUCUGCAGAGUGUGUGUCGUGGCUCCUCGUCCUCAGAGACGCCAACACUGAAUCGUUGAGGCAACGCAUCACACACCUCCGCACGCUCAUCAACACACACACCACCGCCGGGCAACACACACACACUGCUGCAACGUGCAGCGGGGGAGAUGAAAACCUGGAACAUGCUGGAGGUGGAGUCGUGUCUGCUUCUAAAGUCUCUCCACUGCACCUCAGUGUAGAGUUUCGAGGUGUGGUUGCUGUGGCAGCCAGCAGAGUCAAGGUACAAGUGUGUGUGAUCGACACACACACUCACACAGUCAGGAAACACUGCUGCUGCAAGAUAGUGGAGGGACCGGAUGACAGUGUGUUCCUGACAUCAGUGUGUUUCGGUGGCGACUGCCCACUUCAUCAUCACAGCAGGAUCAAAGUCAGCGUUUACCACGCAGAGGAGCCAACGACACACACCACAGGAGAGAACAGCUCCUCUGCUGGACAGAGGAGCUUCCUGGGUUUCACCUCCUUCUCCAUCAGAGAUCUGCUCAGGUCCAAAGAGCCUCACAUCUCCCUCAGCCUCAGGACGAUGGAUGGAGUGAACGAGGUCGGGGAGGUGAAGGUGUCCUGUCUGCAGAUGGAAGGAGAAACUCCUCCCGAACACAAGUGUCCUGCGCUGUGUGACAGUCUGCACAGCUCCGUCCACGACAAAGAAAACAGUCCAAUGAUGAGAGCUGUGCUGUGUGCUCAGGUGUGUAAGGUGUACAGGUUUCAGACGGAGGAUCAGAGAUGGCUGCUGGUCCGGGAACAGAUGUCAGAGACGCCGCUGUCUUUCUGUGUACCUAAACAGCUACUGAAAGUGCUCAUACACAACCACACCAGCAGGGUCCAGGAAGUGAAGGAUCUCGGUGACCUUUCACCUCACUGGGACGGGAUCCGCCACGAUGUCAUUAACCACUGUCACCACCUGAUUGGCUGCUGUCAGGAAACGCUUGCUGAGCUCGACAAACUCUCAGCUUCGUCCUGUUUUAAGUCGAGCGGCAGCAAAUCAGACAAACACCUUCAGUUUGUUCCGACCAACCUGCACUCACAGAGGAUGGAGGUCACCAACCCGGACAGCACAGGUGUUUGGUAUGAGGUCAUAACGUUUGGUGCUCCGUCUGAUCACCACCAGGCCUUCAAACACGGAGGACUGAAGAGGCUGCUCAGCAAACACACGAACCUCAGAGACAGCUCUGUCUCGUACUCUCAGGAUGAGAGCUCCAGAGCGAAGGAGUUGCUGGCCAGCGUGGCCCAGCUGCAGCCCCUUGUCUUCGGGCUCGCUGAGGAGCUGCUGGCCGUCUCUCUGGAGCUGAACGCCGCCCGCCUGCAGCAGGUCCUGGACAGCCUGACUCAACAGACAGAACAGUUUGUUCACGCACUCAAAGACGAGCUGGUAAAGAGUGCCCUGUUGGCGAUCCACAACCAGUGCGCAGCCAGCUGCAACAGCAGCCACGUCCACAGCAACGGGCUGCUCUGUGAAAACACGCCAGUCAAUCAGGAGGGGCAGGCAUCGCAGGGGCAACAGGAUGCAACAGGACGGGACGCAGAGUACGACGAGGAGGAAUGGGACAGAGCGUGGGCGAACGUCGCCAUGAGCCUCAACUGCAUCAUUGCGAUGGGUGACCGGCUGCAGGGGCGGGAGGACCGCCCUCAGGAGAUGACAUCAUCAUCAGAGCAGCAGGAAACCACAGCAGACACAAACUCUCAGAGCACCGCUUCCUCCUCCUCCUCCUCCUCUUCCUCCUGGCAGGAGCAGCUGCUCCCCCUCGUGGUCACUCUCAGGGAUUGUGUGCGUGAGGCAGUGGGGAAGGCCCGAGCCGCCAUGACCUUUGUGGUCCUGCAGGGGGCAGCGGCCACGACCAUCGCCCAGGGACCUCUUCACAUCGUCCAGAGACGCCACGCCGUCUUCAGCCAGGCACUGUCAGCAGCAGUGUGCGGUUUCAUGUUGAAGCUGUAUGGAGGUCUGGAGGAUCCUGACUUCCUGCAGCAGCUUCACUCUGUCGGACUGCUGGUUCAGUUCGAGGCCCUGCUCAGCACCUAUGGUGACGAGGUGGGGAUGCUGGAGGACAUGGAGGUGGGUGUGGCUGACCUGAGCGGAGUGACAUUCACCGUCACCGAGGCUAAAACAGAAGAACUGGGCGACCUGCUUCCGACACUCAGUGGAGCAUGGGGCAGUUUGGUCGUCGAGGUCCCGUUGCUGCCAGAAACCUUCAGGUUGUUGCCACAGGAAGUGAAAGACGGAAGUUGGAUUCAAAUUCAUCCUGUUCUGUUUAACAUUGGAAUCAACCAGCAGCAGAGCCUGGCUGAGAGGUUUGGUGACAGCUCCCUGCAGGAGAGAGUGAACCAGCAGAGCUGUGAGCGUCUCAAAGCGUACUGUCACACACUGACAGACAAAGUGCCUCACAUGGCUGGUAUCCAGUCACUGUCGGACCUGCUGUCCUCUCUGGAUCGCAGCGUGGAAACCAAGAAGAGGAAGAACGUCGAGGUUCUGUGGACCGCUGCUACGGUGUGUCGUAGGGUGAACGGUGUGCGUCUGACGAGCUGUAAGAGUGCGAAGGACCGCACGUCGAUGUCGGUGACGCUGGAGCAGUGUGUGUUACUGAGAGAGCGACACGCACUCAGCCAGCAGCACUUCAGCACGGCGCUGGACUGCAUGAGGAGGGAUGGCUGCAGGAUGGAGAACGUGCAGAAGAACGUGGGCAGCAGGAAGUUCGCCUUCAGCAGCGUUCAGCUCCUCACUUUCCCCAAACUGUACAGACCUCCGGACGGCAGCUUCGGAUAGACACACUGACACUUAGUUUUGUUCUAUACACACUUAGUUUUUUAUAUGAAAAGAUUGUUUCAUCAUGUAAAGUGUAUGUUGUGUUAUACACACGUGUAAAUGUUAUGUCUGUGUUUGUGCUGUUCACUGUGACUGCAAGUGUUUGAUUUACAAACACGUCUCUGCAAUAAAUGAAUACUUGAUUUGUUUCUGUCUAAAAUCAGAUUUAUCAAACCAAAUGGAUCAGGAAGGUCACCGCUGCGGGCCUCGACUAAACCUCCAAACCACACACACACGCACCAAAUCAGGAUAUUCAGGUCUGUUGCAUGUCAGUCAGUGUGUGAUGAGGUCUGAUUAAACACACAUUUGAAGAAGAAUAUGGACCAUGUAAGACUUCUACACACGGUCUCUCUACAAUAAAAUCACAGGAGACACAUCAGAUGUCUGAACAGUUCAGUUUAAUGUGUCAUGAAUUACAUAAGAAUAAAGCAGUUGUUGCGACAGAUAACUUUGCACGGACGAAGGAGGUGAAAGGAAACGAGUAAAGUUCUCAGGCAACAAAAGCUUUUCUUUGUCUGAUCCGAAGACACUCGCUGUAUCGUAGGAGUCUAACAAUAACACAAAUAUAAUCAACUAAUAAAUUCAGAUGUAUUACCAACCCAGUAGUGAUGAAAAUGAGCUCCAUAUUAACCAGCUGCAACAUUAAACUGAUGAUUAUGAUCCAAGAAAAUAUAAAUUAUUACUAAAGUACAAUUUGAAGGUGUUUGUACCUGAGUGUUUCCAUUUUAAGCCACGUAGGGCUGCAGCUAAUGAUUAUUUUUAUCGUCAGUGAAUCUACUGAUUAUCUAAUCAAUUAAUCGAUGAGUUGUUUGGUCUAAAAAAUGGUUGAAAAUGUCGGUCAGUGUUUCCAAAAGUCCAAGAUAACAUCCUCAAACGUCUGGUUGUGUCCACGACCCAAAGAUUUUCAGUUUACUUUCACAGAGGAGGAAAGAAAACAUAAAAAAUACUCACAUUUAAGAAACUGGAAUCAGAUCAUUUGGACUUUCUGUAAUAGUCAAUUCUGUAAUAAUUCCUGCAUAAGGAGUACUUUUACAUUUGAUACCUAAAGUACAUUUUGCUGAUAAUACUUGCAGACUUUUACUUGGAAUUGAGUAUUUUUACACUGUGGCAUUUCUACGUUUACUUAAGGGACUGUUCUCUACUUAUUGGAGGAGAGGGGUGUGACCUUUUUGUUUGUUUUUUCCUGAAGCUACAGAUAUUGUUCCUUGAGCCUCCCCGAGUGACUGGUUGAGAGUGGAUGACCCUCCGUCCACUAUAAAUUGUUUGAUUUUUAAAAAUUUCCCUUCAGUGUUUGGGAGUUUAAUGUUGAAGAUGAAAUCCUGAAGAUAGGCCAAAUUUUGAAUAAGGUGUAGAAUAAAAUGAGUUAGUUAAAUAUUUUUAAUCUAUGUUGUGUUUUUUUUUUUUUUUUUUUGGUAUGAUGGAAGUGUUCUUCGCACACGAUGCGUCCAAGCACCAUCGGAAAUUUGGAAAAAUCUGACAAUUACUAACUUAUAAAUGGUCUGAUUUUGGGGAUUUAUUUAUUUAUUAUUUUUCUUUUUGGCGAUUCUUCUUUUAUAUUCAGCAGUUUGAGGUACAUUUCAUGCAUGAAUUGUGCUUUAUAAAUGAAGAUAUUAUUUUGGGCGGCAUUUGAAGGCAUGUUUUCUUUAAAAAUCGACUGUAAGAUAAAAACAAAAUACAACCAUUUAAAAUUGUAUGCCUCUCCUCUGUCAAAAUAAAAAAUAUAAGUUGCUCCGCAGUGCUUACAUUAUAGUUUCACCAGCCUUCCCCCACAUAAAUAAUGAACAGUCCCUAAAAAACAUAACAACAUACUAAAUAAAACACAGCAAAAUAAAAUAGAU